AUGUUUAUCCUCACCGAGAUCGAGGACACGAUCCGCGUCGAGCCCAAGUACUUUGCCAAGGAGAGCGCGCAGGCGAUCUCUGACCAAAUCAACGCGAAAUACGCGAACCGCAUUUUGCAAGACGUCGGCCUAUGCAUUUCUGUGCACGAUAUCCAAAAGGCGAGCGAGGGGCGCGUGCGCUGGGGCGACGGGUGCCUGUACUAUACCGUACUAUUUCGUCUGGUCGUCUUUCGGCCAUUUACGAACGAAGUGCUCGUCGGCCGCAUCUCCUCGUCGACCAGCGAGGCGAUUCGCGUGUCGAUGGGCUUCUUUGACGAUAUCUACAUUCCCCCGCACUUGCUCCCGACGCCGACUGCCUUUGACUACCAGGAACAGGCGUGGUUCUGGCUCCUGGACCCUGCAUCCGACGAGCACUGCGCCGAUCCGCUGCUCUCUGCGCCAGAAGAGCGCAUGUACCUCGACGUCGGCGAGACAAUACGCUUUGCGAUCGAGUCAGACAACUUUUUCGACCUCGAGCCGGGGCCUGCGGUCGGCGAGGGGAAGCUCGGCGAGACGCCGCAGGGCGUAGGCAGCAUCCCCGGCGCGCCGGGCGCCAAAGGCGCGGCGAACUAUUCGUCGUACAAGAUUAUUGGAUCUAUUGCCGGACAGGGCCUGGGCCUUGUGUCGUGGUGGGCCGGUGCCGAGCAGGUAUCGGUCGAGGGAUGA